AUGGCUGCUGCUGGCAGGGUUGUGAGGGUCCCCGUGGGCCUGAGUGCUUCCGCUUCGCAAACCUUCCAUUGGGAUUUCAAGAAUGACAUCCCCGUCACCGUCGCUGCACCGCAGUAUCUCAAGCUGACGCAGAGCCGCAUCUGGAGAACUCAAGAAUCCACUCCGGGGAGCGCACUGGCCGACAGACACACCAGGGCAGCGGCGGCGGCGGCGGCGCCCGAUCCGCAUAGCUCGUCCGACUUGGAACCAGAGGUGGCUAAUCCGACGCAGGAGGCUCCUCAGCAGGCGGACAUUCUGGUGAACAUUGAGCCUGAUCAGGCCGCCACACUCUUCCGCUCCUCUGAUGGUCUCAGUGACUCGUCAGGAAGUCAUCGAGCUGUUGAAGGAGGAGUAUGGUCGUGGAGUCCUGAAAGCGGGACUGGUUACGCUGCGCCUAGUAUUACUGCUGUCCUGCCCCCCGGCAUGUACACGUUCAAGAGAAGCGCCAGCCAAGGUGCCCUCCUGAUUCGAGCACCGCCCGAGUCCGGGAAGACUUCCAUGCUGCAGCUGCUCGCAGACCAUGUCGGCCAAGGGCUCUCCCCCGAUUUUGACCGAGUCUACUACGUGAGUCUUGGAAACGUGGGGAAAACUGUAGACGGGCGCCGGAUAACUUUUGACGAGGUCUGGCGGGCGGGGAACAAAGAGGUGGAUUUUGGGGAGCUGUGGGAGGCUUAUAACGAGACAGAGGCGGUAGGAAGGAGGACACUUCUUCUAGUUGACGAUGGUGAGGCAGCGUUCGAUCAGCCCUUACCCCUGUUCAGCUACAUCAAAUCCGCCCAGUCUGGCAAGAGGGAGAUGUGCACAAAAGUGAUCCUGGUUUCGUCAUGGGGUAGUAACCAGGUGCUCAUCGGGGGGAGGUCUGUAGAGACACCUGGGAGUUGGAGCGAUGCCAACACUAUAAGUCUGUGGCCGAACCCCACUUCCGAGCUCCCCAGCCUCCAAUACACCACGCACGAGGCGGAUGAGUUGUGGGAUGGAUGGCUGCGCGCAAACAGUCGGCAGGGCUACAACACGACCAACAUUCAGAAGUGGAUCAUGCGCACGACGGAGCGGCAGCCAGGCACGCUUUCCCGAGUUCUUGAACGCAUCUCAUUGAUGGGCCUGUGGACGGGGCGGAAGACGGAGCCGGAGUGGCGGGCUGCGGUCACGGGCUUUCUCUUGUCGCCUGAAUUUUUCAACACUCUAGACUCUCUCGGGAGCUUGGAAAGCAUGAGGAAAACUCUACUUCAAAGGAACUAUUCACCAAACCGUGAAGCUGCAAGAUCCCUAGCUAGGAAGCUUGUGGAAGACAUCAACUUGCAGGUGUCAAGAGAACAAUUGACAAAUGAUGAAGAAGAUGCUGCCAAUGAGCUGGUCCGGAUGGGCCAACUCAUCGGGACGACAACGUCGUACAGCUUGCCAUCGAAGCUUCAUUACCAGUACCUCGCUCGGACCAUAUACUCGGGGCGCCUAGGGGCUGCGGGUGAUGUACCCGAUUAG